CCCUCAAUGUUUGAUUGGCGGAAGAGAAGGCAAGGAAAGCCACGUCCUUUAGGUCUGCGAUGGGUGUGAACCUAAGGGAAGGCGGGGAAAGCCACGCCCCCUAUGCGUGUGAUGAUAGGGAACCUAGGGGAAGGCGGAGCUUCUCUGUGGCCCCGCCCCUCAGGCGGUGCUCUUGGGGGCCAUGCGGAAAGGGCCCCGCCGCGGCAGACGUGGGAUGGGCUCCUCCCGGGAAGGCUCGGAUGCGAGUGGCUUCUCCAUCGGGACUUCCAAGCGGCGGAGGAUCCCCAAGCUCCUGCUGGUGCUGCUGCUCCUGGCGGGAGGCUCCUUCCUGGGCCUUUCCCUGGUGCUUUGGGGCUGGGAGGCUGAGCCUGCCCUGAGGCAGGAGGAGGAGGGAGAAGGCCAGGAGGUGGAUCACAAACCUCGGAGUCUGUCCAGCUCUCAGCUGAAAAACUUGGCUUCACAGGUGGAUCUGCAAAGACUUUGGGAAAGUUACCUGCAGCCUUUGCUAACUGAGAGAUUCCCCGGCAGCCCCGGCAACAAGAAGGUCCGGCAGUUCAUCACCGAAAGGCUGCAAAGGCUGCCGGCUUCCUGGCACAUAGAGCUGGACUCUUUCCAGCAGCGGACGCCUCGUGGGGCUGUGAGCUUCGCCAACGUGGUGGCCACCUUGGACCCGUCAGCCCCCUCCCGCCUGGCCCUGGCCUGCCACUACGACUCGAAAUACUUUCCGCCGGACGAGAAGGGAAGGGUCUUUUUAGGGGCCACGGACUCCGCAGUGCCUUGUUCCAUCUUGCUGGAGCUGGCGACGGCGUUAGAUAAGGAGCUGCUGAAGUCCAAGAAGCAGAGCUCCAAGGUGACGCUCCAAUUGGUCUUUUUCGACGGGGAGGAAGCAUUCCAUGAAUGGAGCCCCACGGAUUCCCUCUACGGGGCACGCCAUUUGGCCCAGCGCAUGGCGCAGACUCCGCACCGCCCUGGCAUCAACCAGCUCCAAGCCAUUUCUCUCUUUGUCCUCUUGGAUUUAUUGGGCGCCAGGCAGCCAAUUAUCCGAAACCAUUUUCCUGCCACCGCCGGUUGGUUCGAAAGGCUUCUUGGCCUCGAGAAGCGUCUCCAUCGGCUCGGCCUUCUGGAGUCCCAUCCACAGGAGCAGCUGUACUUCCAACCAGAGCCCUUCUACCACCUCAUUGAAGACGACCACGUGCCCUUCCUCCAGAAAGGUGUUCCCAUCCUUCACCUCAUUGCCACCCCGUUCCCCGAAGUCUGGCACACGAUGGAAGACACUGAAGCACAUCUCCAUCCACCCACCGUCCAAAACCUAUGUACGAUCCUGGCUGCUUUCCUAGCAGAGUAUUUGCACCUAUAGAUGGAGGGCAUCUGUCGGACGACCUGAGCCACGAUCCGAUGGAGACUGUUACAGAGAAUGAUAUCAGGUACCUAAAUGUACCCUGGUACAUUUAUUGGUUUGCAACCCAAGAGGAAUGAGGUGAUAUGGCAUAGCUAUGAACUGCCAUUUUGACCCAUGGAUCCUGCAGGAAGUGUUGCCAACCAACCAAGAGGACCACAAUCUGUGCAGAAGAGGCAAACGAAUCAAAGGACUUCCUUCUUCCCUUGAGAUUCUUUUUUUUGGCAGAACAAGUUUUGCCAAAGAUAAGACGAGUCUCACUUUGUCCAACUUUGAUGCAGUCCUUUGCUUGCAAAUCCAGCAAGACGCCCACUGCUAAAAAUAAUUUUUUUGUGACCAUGUUGCCUUCCUGAGCCAUUUCAGAGACCUCGUUUCAUGGCAGAAACCACCCAAAUGCUCAAUUUCUUGGUUUCACAAAUAUUGAAUUUCAUCGCAUAAUAGAUACACCCUCAUUUUUGGGGUGCCCAACAAUGGUAUUUUUGUUUUCCUCAUAUAAUAGUCCCAGUCCCCCCCAUUUCAGGCUGGUUUCCCUUCUUUAUCCGAAGGCAGUUAAAAACAAUAAAAUUGUGGUCUCUGAA